AUUACUAUACAACAAUAUUUUUGAUCAAUAUUUCAAUUUUGGUUCAUCCAUUAUUUAGAGCCAACAGUAAUAGAUCAUCAUGUAGGACAGAAACUUUUCCUUGAAGGAGAGCAACACAUCAGGAACAUCUUAACUAAAAUACAAGAUGAUGAGCGGAAUGAAACCAAAAAAACUUAAAAUAACAAUUAAUUGUUCUUCUGAAAACGCACCAUUAGGUGCAAUGAUAGCCAGAUAUCCCUGUAAAUUAAGUACAUGACAUCUUGGGUAUUUAAAAUGAAUGUGUAAACUAUCAAUGUAUGGCGUUAUUAGGGUAGAAAGGGGCUUUUACAUGCAUAAACGCCUACAAGAGGGUUCAUUAAUAGAGUUUACUUAAAUAUUUACAGCAGUCUUAAAAACAAAAAUACCAUUCGGAGUAAACCAAAUAGAAACGCUGACAUGCAAUGAUAUAUGAUAAAGCAUAAUGCCUCAAAUGUUUUUUAUAGAGAGGCAAAUACGAUCACACUAUGGAUCUUCAGUCAUGAAGGCUUUUGAUAAUUUAUUUUAAGUCCUCUGCUCCCCUCUAGCGGAGAAUAGUGGAACAACCGAAUCAAAGAGGUGCCGUUUGUUUUGCAUGAAUUGCACCGUUCAGGUAGGCUACGUUUUAGUCCCUAUCAUAUAAACUAGUAACGUUAUCACGAUGUGUUGCACUGUGAUGAUAAAAAGUGUUAAUACCCCGUAAGUAUUGAAGCUGUAGUUAACGGUACAGACGGAAGUCGGACUCUGUAUUUAUAUAUAUUUUCGGUGAGCCAUCGUGUUGUAUUUGAGAAACUGUUGAGUCAUUGAUUAGGACAUUCUUUUGUUUUAAACAACCUUCAGCAUUUGUUUUAUUGUCCCUUAUUAUGUCUCCUUCUGCUCCUGUAGUCCAUGCUUGUGUUUACACCGGAAGUCAAAGGCAUGACUACUGCCUUGACAACCGAACGUGUCCCUGGCAACCACAGGAGCGACCGUCAAAAUAAUGGCGAAGUUAAUCGGUGACAUAAAAUCCCUUUGGCAGCAAGAGUGUGAAGAGUAUGAAGCGGAGCAGCGCAGUGCUGUGUGGACUGAUAGCUCAAUGAGCACCCAGCUCUCCCAGUACAGCACCAGUACACACUCUGCUUUGUCCUAUGGACUCAGCACAGCCACGAUGUUUGUGGACGAUGGUCCUGUGAGAGACGUUGACCCGCUUCUUUGCCACCCUGGCUCCUCUGAACUCUGUUCAAGCCAGAAGCGCCCGUCAGCUGCUGGAACUACAUCGCCUCCACAACUACAUGAACGUCCUGUUGCACGGUUUUUGGAGAGGAGAGUGUUUCCAGUGUUGUUGCCUGGACUUGAGGCUUUGCUGAAAGAAGCCCAGAAACAUGGCUGUUACGAGAGGCUAAAAACAGCCUUUAACCCGUGUGACUUCCUGACUGAGUGGCUAUACAACCAAAACCCCCGCAGACGAGAACAGGUCCCAGUGAACUUCCAUGACAUCCCUUUUGUCAAAGACUUUCUCAGCAUGCACCCCAGGUCUCCCAUCCCUCUGUAUCUACUGCUGAGUGAGGAUCAGGCUGCUCUGCUCAUCCAGGCCUUCUGGAGGGGAUAUAAGAUCAGGGCACGCCCAGAUGUGCAGGAGCUGCGCCAGUGGCAGAAAGAACUGAGAGAGAACAGCGACAUUGGUAAAACUGUUGAGCAGUUCUGGGCCCAACAAGAGAGCCGAGUGGGCUCUGCCAUGACAGAUCUUCCAGGAAGCCCCCAGCCUGGCGAGUCAGAUGUAUCCAUCCAGGUGAUGUCCCCAACCCCCCAGAGCACCGUGGUCCACACCCCCACCCCUCAGAUGUCCCCUGAGGGUGUUGAGUGGCUGACCCCCAGCGUUUGCAGCGUGGAGAAAAUGGCCUCCACACCAUCCCUGACCAAUUUCCUGGCUGUAUCCGUGCAUGGUGACAAAUCCCUGACAGCAGCGUCUCCUCCUUUACUAGGAACUCAUAACCUGAGCUAGGCUGGUGGUACUGUGAACUGAAAUCAUUAGCUCAUUCCCGUGAACAAAUUGUUUUCUGUUUUUUAGAGGCUGUUAAACUCUAUGAGGUUGACGUGAAACUCACCAAAAUGCUCAGUCAAACAAGCCAUAAAAACCGCCUGUAACCAAUAUGAUAUGGCCAGGCAGGGAUUUAUGGUCUGAGAUUCGUGUCUAAUUAGUUGAUUGCUUUCAUUGCUUUUUUGAUGGAUCACUUCCCUACA